AUGAAUGCAGCGACAAAGAGGCCACCAGAUCAAGAGAGAAGAAGAGAGGCGGCCAGGAGAGGAGAAAGACAAAAGCAGACGCGGAAUCCGUGGGAUCAAGGGAGGGACCGAAGGAAUAGAGGGACGUGGGGAUACUGGGACGUGGGGAUACUGGGACGUGGGGAUACUGGGACGUGGGGGUAUUGGGACGUGAGGAUACUGGGACCUAAGGCUAUUGGGACACAGGGAUAUUGGGACCCAGGGGUAUUGGGACGCAAGGGUAUUAGGACGCAGGGGUAUUGGGACGCAGAGGUAUUGGCACGUAGGGGUAUUGGGACACAGGAAUAUAGGAACGUGAGAAUACUGGGACGUAAGGGAAUUGGGACACAGGGAUAUUGGGACGCAGGGACAUUGGAACGCAAGGGUAUUAGCACGCAAGGGUAUUGCGACGCAGAGGUAUUGGGACGCAGAGGUAUUGGGACGCAGGAGUAUUGAGACGCAGAGGUAUUGGGACGUGGGGAUACUGGGACGUAGGGCUAUUGGGACGUAGGGAU